AUGCCAGCCGCGCAUGCUGCCGACGUUAUCAUCGCCAAGUCCCUCGCCUCCGACCAGAGGCUGACUGUGCUCCUAUGGGGAGUGGAGGUGCUCGAGGCUCUCCUCGCCAGCGGCGGCGACCUCUCGCACAUCGAGGAGGUCGUCCUCUGCUCGAGCGAUGGCCCAGCCGAGUCGGCGUGCCCACCCAUCGCCGUCAGCAGCUGGCGCUGCCCCUGCAAAAGGCCAGCCCAGCUCGCCGCGCUGCGUCGCGCCAUCCUGAAGGGUGAGCGGCCGCGGGUUGCGGUCGUGUACGCGUCACCGCCGGCCACUGCCAGCGUGGCACUGCGGUGUGUUCAGCUCUACUCGUCUCUCCCGCAGUCGUGUCUCCUCAUCCUCGCGCCAGAGACGCCCAGUCGCGAGGCCGGCACCUUCGGCGGCAGCAACAAGGUCGUCUUGUGUGCGGGCAGAGAGCGAAGGACGCUCCACCAGCUGGGAGGAGACCGUGCGGCACGCGCGGCCGCCUGGCGCUCCUUUCUCCUCGCCGGAGCCGGAGCCUCGGCGAGCGAGGCGGCGGAGGCGCCGGCCGGCCUCGUCGUCGCCUCCCGGUCGCCCGAGGGGGCGGAGGCGGCUGGAGGCGAGGCGGCGGCAGGAGGCGGCGAGGCGGCGGAGGGCGAGUCCUGCCUCUUCCCUCCCGUCGUCCUGUCGGUCGUCGACCAACUCGCCGAGCUGCGGCGCGCGGCCGACCGGCUGGUGGUGGGCGGGGGCGAGGCGGGCGCGCAGUUUCCGCUGCGAGGCGGGUGGAGCGGCCGGCUGGUGCCGAGCUGCGCGUCUCGCUACCAGGGCGGCGGGUACGCGGCUCACCACUACGUUGCCGAGCCGCCUUCGGAGCACUCUGCGUGCUACGAGCUGCGGCUGGAGGAGGGGGAGGGAGAGGUGCAGUGGGAGGGGGGGGGCGGGGCGGCGGGCGGGGCGCGGGUCGGCUACAUCGCCCUCCUUCCCUACGGGAGCAGCGAGCCGAGCCUGCAGUUCCCGACGGCGGUGGCGUGGCGGACGCUGCACGCGGCGCAGGAGGGGCGCGAGGUGGAGCGGCUGGUGGUGCUGCCGUCUUGCCGCGGCAGAGGGGUGAUGCGCGCCCUCCUCUCCGCCUGCGACGCCUUCCACUCGCUCGGCCUCCCGGCCGUCCACGACACCUUCCUCGCCAGCAGCGCACUCGCCUACGAAGGCCACCGCGAGGCGGCCGUCUGCGGCGUGCGCCGCCCGCUCAAGCGGUACGCUCGCGUGCUGCCGCCGGAGGCUGCGCUGCCGUCGCCCUCUCCGCCGCCGCCGUCUCCCCCACCUCCGCCGCCGUGGCAGCCGUCGCCGUUUGCGCCGCCGCCGCGUGCGCCGGCAGGCAGGCAGGCUCCUGGCUGCCGGCAGCGGGCGGGAAGUGAGACGGCGAGCAGCGCCGGCGAGGCUGCUGCAGCCUCGCCUCUGCCACCCCCGCAGCUGGCUGCCCCUGCAGUGGCGGCUGACGCUUCGGCGGGGGCGGCGGCGGAGGCGGCGGGGGCGGCGGCGGAGGCGGCGGAGGCGGAGGCGGCGACGCUGCGCGCGGUGCGGUCCCACGUCAACAAGCUGACGCCGGAGAGCGAGGCGCUGCUGCUGCCGCGCCUCGCCGCCCUCUGCCGCAGCCGCCGCUUCAGAGCGCUCACGCCGACCCUCCGCCUGCUGGUCCGCCGCGCCGCGCGAGAGCCGGUCUACGCCGAGCUCUACGCCCGCAGCGUCGCGGCGCUGGCCUCUCUCCUCUGCGCCGCGCCUUCCGCCGCCGAGCUCGCGUCGGGGGGCGGCGGCGCGGCCGCGGCUGCCGAGGGCGGCGCCUGCAGCAGCGCCGCGGUUGCGUUUGCGCUCGCGGCGGUGCUGCGCGAGCUGCUUCAGUCGGACCUCGCGCUCGAGGGGAGCGGCGACGGCGGCGCGGGCGGCGCGGUGGCCCAGCUCGCCGCCGCGGGCCUCGUCGCCCCGGCCGCGUUGUGCGAGUUGUUGCGCGGGGCGCCGCUCCCGCUCCUCGUGGCGGCGCUGCGCCGCGCGGGCGGCUUGCUGCACGCGGCGGCGGAGGCGCAGCUGCAGCCGCUGCUCGAGCGGCUCGCCGCGGCGGCGCCCGCGCUGGCCGGCCCUCUCCGCUGCCGCGCACUCGAGCUGCUGCAGCGGGCGGAGCGCGGCUGGCCGCAGGAGGCGCGCGAGGCCGCCCGAGGGCGUGCGACGGCGCUGGCGGAGGUGCGGCAGGUUGCGGCCGCCGAGCUGGGCGUCAUCCUCCUCCCGCGCGACGCGCCGCCGGAGCGGCUUCGCGGCUUGCGCGAGGGGUGGGUGCACUGGUACGUCGGCACGCCCGUGGUGCACCCCUCUUUUCCGCACACGAGAUUUCAAUUCUUUGAGGAGAGCGGCCGAUUUCAAUUCUUUGAGGAGACGAAUGGAGCUGCGCCCGUGCUGGCGGGGACGUCGGACGAGAGUCCCUCGGCCCUCCGAUCCGAGUGCUCUGAUCGCGCGUAG